AUGGCUCGCUGCGGUGUUUUCCUCUCGGACUCCUGCGACCACACCUGCAUCGCUCCCUGCGGUCACUGCAUUGUUGCUCCAACUGUCGCCACCGACCAGGGGCAGGGCUUACAACAGCAGCAGCAGCAGCAGCCUCCACAGCAGCAGCCGGAGAGAAACCACAAGAAGUGCAUGCAGUCGUGCAAGCGCCCGCUCCCCUGCGCCCACCUCUGCCCCGACCCCUGCCACAGCGGUACCCCCUGCAAGCCCUGCACUAGAAGGUGCCUCGUGGCCUGCCAGCACAGCUCCUGCCCCCAACCCUGCCACCGAACCUGCGCGCCCUGCGCCGAGCCUUGCGGGUGGCGCUGCAAGCACCAGGGUCGGUGCUCCCUCCCAUGCGGUGCCCCCUGCGACCGCCUCCCGUGCGAGCAGCGGUGCGAGAAGAAGCUCAAAUGCGGCCACCAGUGCCCGUCUCUCUGCUCCGAAAAAUGCCCUCCAAAGGCGUUCUGCACGGUUGAAGGGUGCGGGGCACAGGAGAAGAGAGAGAUGACGGUGGAUCUGGUCACUCUGGAAACGCUAUGGGAGAUAGACCCAGAUGAGAGCCCUGUGCUGGUGCUGCCAUGCGGUCAUGCCUACACUGUGGAGACUCUGGAUGGGCACCUGGGGCUGAACCAGGUGUACCAAGAGGCAGAAGGUCGGUGUGGUGGUGGCAGCAGUGCGGCUGGAGGCGGAGCGGGAGGUGGGUCACAAGCAGCUGCAUCCAAGUGGGUGGCAGUGCGGCCGGUUGACGAUGGCGGUCUGUCCGCCCUCAAGGGCUGCCCGGAGUGCCGCCAGCCAAUCACAGGGCUGCGCCGUUACGGCAGGAUGGUGAACAAGGCGCUGCUGGAUGAAUCAGAGCGCAAGUUCGCCCUCAGCUGCCUGGCCAACCAGCAGCAGCUCCAGACAAAGCUGUCCCAGCUCAGCCGAGCCAUAUCUGCAUGUCCGGAGGCUGCCCAACCGUGGCAGGUAUGGGAGUUGGCUCGGGCUGCAGCCUUUCUAACACUGCAGGCAAGCAAGCUGCAAGUCACGGCUAUGGAACCGCCUACCCAGAAGACCUACCAGGCUUCUGUAGCCGCGCUGCAGAGGAAGCACCUCCACUUGGUACCUUUGUCAUCCAGAGCAGAUGCUCCAACAUGGGAGGAGGAGUGCCAGCUGCUGUAUGUGCCCCAGCCGGACCCGCGGCCCCUCUGCGAGGCCCUCAUGCUGCUUGGGAAAGCUUACCAGCUUCUCAUGGCCGCCAAUUUUCCCCAGCUGCGCUGCCUUCUGAAAGAACUCCAGAAUCUGGCUUUUCAGAAUGCUCGUCCGAAUGCUGGUCGAAAUGCUGGUCAGACCGAUAGGAACAGCACUGGUAGAGCAGCAUUCUUGGCCGGGCGCGUGGAAAAUUGCAGGGCGGUUGUUUGCAUGGGGUUGAAGUACGCAGAGAGGCAUGUGGGGGAGGCGGUGGAGUGGGCUGGCAAGUGCAAGGCGCAUCGGCUGGAGGCGAGGGGGAGGCUGGAGCUGGUUGAUGUGUUCUGUGCGUUUGUGGAAGGGAUGAUGGCGGAACGCCUGCUUUCAACCUCCCCGGCUGGCCUGCUUGUGCAAAUUUUCUGGCAGGAUGCAUCAAAGGAGAAGCAGCUGGAGUAUCUGGAGAAGGCCACGGUUCAGUGCCACAUGGUGGCCUCGCACCAGCUGGCCUCAGUCAGGGAGAACGACAGCCUCGGGGGCAGCGCUCGGAGAAUGCUCGAGAAAGACUUGCGUGAUCUGGAGCAAUCUGUGCGCGACGAACCUCGGUAUUUCGCUGUGACCGAACGCGAGGAGGAGGAUGUAUUCAAGGCGAUAGGCUUGGGAGGGGGCCACUGGUACCGGUGCCGCAACGGGCAUGUGUAUGCGAUUGGGGAGUGUGGCGGGGCGAUGGAAGAGUCGAGCUGCCCUGAGUGUGGGGAGGUGGUGGGUGGGACGAGCCAUAGGCUCCGAGAAGCAUCAUCACCAUCAACGGCCAUGAUCAAGCCUCGCUACCUCACCCAUGUCUCAUCCAACGGCAGCAGCAAACUGUCAUUUCCUCCGUCUACUUCCUCUCGAGCACCCACUUCGGUGUUUAGAUAUUUCUGUCAACGUUUGGGUACCGGCAAAAGAAGCAUCAGCAGCACCAGCGUAAUCAGCAGCACUAGCAGCAUCAGCCGGCAAACAUUCCCAGCAGCUGCGGCUGGGAAUGUACCCGGAAUCUGCAGAGCGUUCAGCAAAGUAGGGCAUGAAGCGAGAGGAGGAAUUGCAUCGCAAGAUGACACGUCACCACCUGAUCCUUUGUCCGUCUGCGUCACGCGCGCUGCCAUCAUGACAUGCCCUGGACACGUGGCUGACGCGUUAAUGGACGCUCUGCUAUCGUUAGGAGCCACCACAUGCUCAAUAGAGGAUGCCAAUACGGGCACAGAAGCCGAGCAGGAGAUAUACUCAUCCGGACCCAUUCCCUGGGAUCCCAGUGGCCCCCGCAACCUCUGUUAUCAGACUCGGCUUCGGGCGUUCUUCCCAGCCAAUCAGAGCGAGGGGAACAUCCGCAGCACUGUGCAUCAGGCGGCAGACUCAGUGCAGUGGGCGAUGGCAGGGUGGGCGGAGGAGGGGGAACAGGGAGAGAAGGAAGCUGGAGGAGGGAAGGAUGAGGAGGAGAGGGAGGAGGUUGUGGGAGUAGUGUUGCUGGGGAUAGAGGAGGUGGUGGAGCGAGACUGGGUGCAGCAAGUGCAGGACUCCUUCCAUCCCAUCCGCGUGGACCAAGGCCUUUGGAUCGUCCCUUCCUGGGCCACACUGCCAGAUGAGGUCUCACAAGACCAGCCCUCUCUUGCAAUUACACUCGAGCCCGGUCUCGCAUUCGGCACCGGUGACCACCCCACCACCCGCCUCUGCCUGCGCUGGCUGCGCUCGGUCGUGACACCUGGCUGCACGCUAUUGGACUACGGCACGGGCUCCGGCGUUCUUGCGAUUGCGGGGAUCAAGAUGGGAGCAGCAGCAGCGGUGGGGGUGGAUAUUGAUGAGCUCUCAGUGGCAGCAGCAGCCCACAAUGCAUCCCUCAAUAGCAUCCCCUCUUCGCAGUUCUCUGUCCUUCUCACACACCCGGAUGGCCCGGAUCCUCUUAACGAGUUUGAUAGUAAUGGAGCAGGGGGAAUUGGUGCGACGGAAUGUAGGGACGGUGUUGGUGCUGGCGUGGUGUUGCCGUCUCUGCCUGCUGAGCUGGCGGUGUCUGAUUCGUCGGAGCCACGCGUGCUGUUUGACGUUGUGGCCGCCAACAUCCUUGUGAACCCUCUUCUCCUAUUGGCUGGGCGGAUUUCUUCCAGAACCAAGCCUGGUGGGAAGCUCGGGUUGUCAGGCAUAUUGACCAAUCAGGUGGAGCAGGUAGUUACAGCGUACGCUCCUUAUGCAAAACGGCGAUCCAUCGCUAUGAGGUCGUCGUCUGCCUUCAUCCCGUUACGCCUUGGCGUACCGCAUCGGCCGCAGCAGCAGCAACGGUCGCAUCUGCUCACCCAGCUUCACCAGCUGCACUACCACCUCCUCCUCGUCGCCGCCGUCACCUGCAGCGUCGCUUACCUCUCAGCCUACUCUUCUCAAUCACUGCAAGGCCCCUCAGGGCUGUCUGAGUCAUCAGAAUCAGAUCUUCCAAGCACCUUCGAGUCGCCUCAUUCUUCUGAAUCAUCGCAUUCGGAAAAGCUGGGAAUUUUUGGCACUGAUCCCGUGCUGGAUCGGACCGUCAGUGAUCUGGUCGGUCCACGUCAGCCAGCGGAUGCUCGUCAAGAGGGUCCUUCCAGUCUCGAUACAAGCUCAGUGGUCCACCUUCAGCAAACUGCCAGUCCGAGGUUACUGAAUUCGUCCCUAGCUGACAUUCCGUCCAAGCCUGAAAUCGGACCAGACUCCAGCGCAUCAAUUCCGAACCAGACCCCGGGCCAGAACCUACGAGACAGGCAGGUUCGGGAUGACCAACAACGCGCAGGUGGCACGUGCGCCGCUCCCAUUGGCGUCAAGCUCCCCCCUUCUCCAUCAUCUACACCCAAACCUCUCACUGCGGCACCGGAAUGGGUCCCAUUACCCAACCGGUACCUUAUGGUUUCUUGCACCAAUGGGGGAAGUACGAAUCGCCUCUUAUGCCUUCAGAAGACAAUUCUGGCAGCAAUUCUCCUAAACCGCACGCUGCUCAUUCCUGAGGUUCCUCUCUGCAUCCCUCGCUCUCUCGGUCGGCCGGUGGUGUAUUCUGAAACCCUAGACAUUGGCCACUUGUCCCGGUGUUUCGGAGACGAGCCGAAACAGGAGGAGCCAGGCGCGGAAGCAGGUUCGCCGAAGCAUGUCCGGGCUCUUCGCAAGGUGAUCUCGGGAUCGGAAUAUUUGAGCUCAAGAGGUGGUGGGGGAAGCGAAUUAGUUGUUGAUAAAUUCCUCUGCGGUCAGGUCCAAUUCAGCUGUACCUUCAUAGAUGGAAGCUGUGGUGACAUCCCUCCUGAAAUAAAACUCUCAAAAAAAGUGAUUCUCGGGGAGGAGGGUGGUAAUCUCUAUGACCUGGUUCCCAAGAUCGCUGCUGCAACAGCUGACGUUCCUGUGCUUGCUCUUGGUGACCUCUUCUUCUCAUUCUCCAAGAUUGGAGAUCCAGGUCCUGAAUACUUCUGGCCAAGCCGAUUUUUCAAUACUCCGUGCGAACUGCUUUUCCAGCCUUCCCAGCAAGUGCUUGACCAGGCUGCAGGGUUCAUAGAGGAAUACUUUGGGGGGAACUACGCUUCUUUGCACCUUCGACGGACGGAUUUUCUCGGCCAUAGCCACAUUAUGGAUGUACAGUACUGGCCGUUACAGGCAGUUGCGGAAUGUACUGCGUCGAAAAUGGAGCAGUUAAACCUGACCAACCUUUUUGUUUCCUCCGAUGCUUCUGUUGAGGAGAUGGAGGUUUUCAAGGAGCAUUACCCAUCGGUCAACGUUCUCUCACCACAUAGGGUAUUUAAGAGAGAGUUUGGGGCUCACAUCGUGUCAUGA